CUCGUUUUCUUUUUGUGGGUUCAAUUUGAUCUUUUUUUUUUUAAACUGCUGCAAUGGUAUUUGAUUGAAGGGGUUUGCUAGAAAUUGUUGAGAAAUGGAGCACGGUUCUUUGAAUGAUCCAAGCAAAGCAACCUUCUCUUUUGUCGACGAAGACCACACACUUGCAAAUUCCGUCCGAUUCUGCUUGAAUCAAGAGUCUGUUCCCUUUAAGCUACUUCCAAUUGCUCUAAAAAAAAGUCUCCUAUUAUUAUGUGAUGAGCUCACCCGCAUGCGCUACUGUUGCAGUCCAAGGGUAUCUGUUUGUGGAUACAGCAUUCCUCAUCCUUCAGAUGCUCGAGUUAACAUUAGAAUUCAAACUACAGGUGACCCAGCAAGGGAAGUACUGAAGGAUGGAUGCCAGAAUUUGAUGCUAAUGUGCCAGCAUGUGAGGGGCGCUCUGGACAAGGCUGUUGCUGACUUCAGAAUGGACAAUCCCACAAAAAUGGAAACAAAGAGCGAUUCAGAGUGAAAUAUGGCCAUCGUCAAACAUAUCAUGUUCGAUUGUAUAACGUUACAGAUUGCUUGAUGUUCUGAAUCGAUAUGAUGAAAGUGGUUUUGUUCUGCUUCAGAGUCUUCUAUGUUUCUACCCAAAAAAA